AAUACAAGAAGAAGCAGUAGAAGAAGAAGAAGGCUGUAAGGCGGCGAGUGUUGUGUUGUGCGAAGCGUUCGUCUUUCACUCUUCCAUUGCGUUUAGAUUAUUCACUGUCUGCCAAAGAUGGUCCGAACGCAUUUUGGACCACCACGCUUAAAGCCCAGACCUUAUGGAGACAGUCAUGCUACUGGACACAAUGAAGGCAAUUACAACCCCAGUUCUAGAAGUCGAAGAGAUGCCCAGGGCUACCCUGCAAAGCCUCCACUUAACUGGAGGGAAUCCAGAGGUAGAGGACGACCCCCACCUGUCAGAAGAGUUCCUCUGAUGGGAGAGCAAAGGGAGCCACGUUUUAAUAACUGGAGGUCCCAAAAUCAGGAUUCCUUUCAACCGUACCAUCCUAAAAUGGAACCACACCAUAGCCAGAGACGGCUGCCUCCAUCUAGGCCAACCCGCUCCCCUCAAGUCCAGCAUCAGUCAUCAUCUCAUGGUCCUGCGCAAGGACAUCAUAGUCAGAGAGGUCCAUCUUUUCAUGGUCACCCCUCUGGUCACAGAUCAUCUUCCCCAAGGCAUUUUCGUGGCCACCCAGCUGAUAGGAGGCCAGGCUCUGCACCAGGCUACCAGGGAUCUUUUAAAGGCCCCAAAAGGCAUUCAGGCUUUCCUCAUCAGGAGCAGCGGAGUCGAGACCCUCGAGGGAAUUACAGUCCAAGAGAAAGGCCCACUCAGGAACACUCGGGUCACAACGUGAAGCGCUGGCACGAGGCUGGAUCAUUCUCACAUAAUGGGCAACAUGGGCCCUCGGGGUCACAGAGGAACCCCAGAGAGAUGCAUGCGAGAGGCUCGUGUACAGAGAGGUACAGCCGUGAAGCAGCAAGCCCAGCUGGGUGGUCAUCUGAGCAAGACUCCAGGCGCCAGCGUGGUCCCAUGGAGAGGCAGGGUAGCCGAUCCCACAGUAGAGAGAGGGCACAAGAUGUGCCUCACCCACCUCCUUACAGAUCCCCUUCAUGGAAAGGAGGCCCAUCACCUUCAUCCUCCUACCACAGGGGCCCUCAGGAGAGGCAAAUGGCAGGACCCCGCAAGAGGAGGAUAUCGGACAUCAGCAUGUCCUCCUCGGACGCAGCAAUGGAGCAUGGCAAUGCAAAACAGCCCCGGAGAAUGAGACCCCAACUGCUCAGCAUUCCCAGGCCAUUUGGUGGCAAACCCUUGUCUCUUAGGGAUAGAAGUUUCCUGGUUAAGAGCCGACAAGUCAAAGCAGAGUCACUCAUGAGGCUCAGAAUACCCCCAUAUGUGCGACCGAGGUUUCGCCUGGGUGAUUCUGCUUUACAAGGAAAUGCCAGCUCUGUUCUUGCUCUCAGGAAGAAACGUUUCCAAUUAAAUGCAGCACCCCUGAGAAAAGUGGAGACAAGAAGGGGAAAACCCCCACAGUCACUCCCCAGAGAAGAAAGCAGUGCCAACAAGUCUUCCAGAGACUCUGAUACAGGAAAAGAGCAGGUGGAGUCUCGUCGGUCCUUGAGCGCGCACAGAUCUUCUCCCAUAGAGAAACGUGAUCUUGUCGUUUUGUCGCACUGGCCACCUGGACCGAGCUCCUCCUCCAAGGACUGCUCACCUCCAAAGGGCCGCAGCCCAAAGUCAAAGAGUGAUCACAGUUCAGAUGCAGAUACCACACCACACAGACGUCUCUCUAAGUCAAGUGAUACCAGAUCUUCUCCUGAAGACAGAAAACAGGAAUAUUUGGAUAAGAGGGUCUUCAGGCCUGUUAAUAUGAUGCAUGACAGCUACAGACCUGGGAGACCCUUAAGGAAAGGACCCGGACCCGGACCCAUGCAAAGAACAAAGUUCACUGGUGGUCCACGGAAGAUGGACCCUGAAAUGUCUGGGAAUUUUAGAAGACCACUCAUGGAGAGCUUGGUGCCGCGUCCUUUUCCGAAUCAGAGACCAGUGUUCAGAAAGAGUUACAGUAUCGUGUCCAAAUACCGUAACAUGAGAGUGAUGCGUCAGCGCGCACCAUACAACCGAGGACCCAACCAGCAACGCUGGUGAUGACCACUAGUGAGUUGGGAAGCAUCAGUGGCUUCAAGUUUGAUACGUGCUUCAGAAGCAACACGUAAGAAGAUUCUGCUAACACGGAUGGAGAAAAAUUCUCAUCAAGCUCUGUGCUGUCAGGGGGACGGCAGAAAGCUUCACUACAAUCCCAUCCUGCAUUGUGAAAGCGUUUAUUUUGGUGUUUUACUUUGUUCUUUGUAAAAGUACUGCAGUAUUUUGUUUGACAUUGUCUGUAACAUAGGCCACUGUAUUAUACAUCCCUGCUUUUUCCUCUCUUCAGAUGAUUUGGUAAUUGCUGCUUGUGAUUAUGGGAGUCCUUGUUGGGGUUUUUUGUUUGUUUUUUAAUACCAACAGCGUCACAUUUCAGAUUUAAGUGCAAAAAAAAAAAAAAAAAAAAAAUCACUUUAGUAUCUGACUUUUACUGUCCAUAAAGACCCACGAUGAGAUGUCUUUGAUUAGAAAACAGUCUGUCAGUGGACACUUGGGUACUACUUGUAAAAUGUGUAAACACUUUCAAUAAAAUGAGAUUUAGCACUCAG